AUGGUUCGAUUUGCAUCGCGGUCUGCCCCCAAUUAUCAUGUUCAAAUGGAUGCCAGUGAUCGAGAUCUCUGCGCACUUCCGGCACAUAAGCAGUUGUUCCAGCUUGAAUUCGACCACGCUCAACGGGAGCUGACUCGAGAAUUCAAUCAGAGUGGUAACAACGAAUUCGGUAUCAAUAGAGAACUAAUGAGUGUCGUAUAUGCUUUGAUUUGGGGAAGUUCGUGGACGAGCGGCGACGAGGAUCCCGAGUCGCACGUGAAGUUCUGGAUUGUUAACAUGUCGGCUGUAGCCUGGAGCAACAAGAGGUUUAGCAGGAAUCCCUUCGCGCAAAUGCUGCUUCGUAUCGUCAGUCUCUAUGAGGUGCAACAUGGUUUUUUCGCGACGGCAUCGCACGUGGCUGGAGUCAAGAACAAGAUGGCGGAUGCAGGCAGCAGAGUGUGGCAGUCCUUUUCACACGCACUAACCUUUUCUUGUUUGUCUUCAUCCUGGCAACAGGUGCAAAUCUCGGACGACUGGCGAAAUCUCUCGCGCCUCUGGGAGCGUUAUUGCGAGCAGGAGCUCUAG